AUGGAGAAGGUCCUGCCAGUACCGAGCCUCUCUGAGCGGUCUGGCGAUAGGCCUAGAGCAAAACGCCGUUUCUCGAGAAGGCUUGUAAUUGGCGUACUUGUACUGUUGGCAUUGCUUCUAGUGUCAACACGGGUACCGACACUCUAUGCCGUGCUCCGUCCUCUGCCUCCUCAUGCUACCACCGCCCUCUCGCGCUGCCGCUCGCUGAGUCUCGCUCCGGGACCGCCUGCGGACUUCCACAAACGCAAAGUAUCAGACAGGUUUGUGCACGGAACGAAACCGUAUCUGCUCAAGAAUGGAAGGAUAUGGACCGGGCUGGAGAACGGGACCGAAGUCGUUCACGCGGACAUUCUCUUGAACAAGGGUAUCAUCGAGAGCAUUGGGCAUAUUGGGCAUUUGCAGUUGAAGAACUACAAAGAUGAUGUCGUCACUGUGGACUUGAAAGGGGCGUGGGUCACACCCGGGAUUGUCGACCUACAUUCACAUCUAGGUGUCUCGUCCUCGCCGCACCUUCUCGGUGCAUCAGACGGCAAUUCACGUCAUGGACCUAUACUCCCUUGGCUCCGCGCUCUUGACGCUUUGAAUACGCACGACGCGGCAUAUGAACUAUCCGUAGCGGGAGGUGUGACCACUGCCUUGGUCUUGCCUGGUUCCGCAAAUGCGAUUGGUGGCCAGGGAUUCACCAUCAAGCUGAGGAAGACCGCGGAAAGGACUCCCACCUCUAUGCUUCUUGAGCCCCCAUACCAGAUCAAUUCGUCCUUCCCGGAUCACAGCGGGCCUCUGAGAUGGCGUCAGAUGAAGCACGCAUGCGGAGAGAACCCAAGUCAAGUCUACGGCAACACUCGCAUGGACACCAUUUGGGCAUUCCGAGACGCCUACAACACAGCCAGGAAGAUCAGAGAAUCACAGGACGCUUACUGCGCGGACGCAUUCGCCGGUAAUUGGGACGCCUUGAAAGACAAGUCUUACCCAGAAGACCUCCAGUGGGAAGCGCUGGUCGACGUCUUGCGCGGUAGAGUCAAGGUCCAAGUGCACUGCUAUGAGACUGUCGACAUAGAUGAUCUUGUCAGGAUCUCUAAUGAGUUUGAAUUCCCGAUUGCGGCCUUUCACCAUGCUCAUGAAGCAUACCUGGUGCCCGACACGCUCAAGAAGGCCUACGACCAUCCUCCUGCCAUUGCUAUGUUCGCCACACAUUCACGAUACAAACGCGAGGCAUACCGCGGCUCGGAGUUCGCCCCUCGCAUCUUGGCUGAACAUGGGAUCCCGGUGGUCAUGAAGAGUGACCACCCCGUGACGGACUCGAGGUACCUGUUAUACCAGGCGCAGCUAGCCUACGUAUACGGACUUCCUGAGAAUCUGGCCAUCGCCUCCAUCAUUAGUACACCCGCGGAAGUUAUGGGAAUGGACCAUAGGAUCGGUUAUGUGAGGAAAGGCUGGGAUGCUGACUUGGUUGUAUGGGACAGCCAUCCUCUUGCGCUCGGAGCAACGCCGAAGCAAGUAUUCAUCGACGGCAUACCACAAUUGGAUUCACCGCACUUCGUACAGAAGCCAGCCUCGUUCCAGCGUACGCCACGGGUGCCGAACUUCGACAAGGAAGCUGCAGACACGGUGAAGUAUGAGGGUCUUCCUCCCCUCGUGCCCGCCAAGUCCUCUUCCGGCCCAGUCAUCUUCACGGACGUGAAGAGGGUAUUCAUGCGUACUGGAAGAGCCGUCCGCGAGGUGUACACGGCCCAGGAUGCGGAGAUGGGUGCCGUGAUCGUGGAGAACGGCACCGUUACGUGCUCGGGCGCGUACACCUCCUGCGUGACCCCCAACCUACUCGCAGAUGCGGAAGUCGUCAAUGUCAAAGGCGGAUCUAUCUCUCCAGGAUUCACUAGCUUCGGCUCUAAUCUCGGCUUGGGAGAAAUUGGUGCAGAACCGUCGACGAUGGAUGGAUACGUCUUCGAUCCGCUCGUACAGAAGGUGCCUGCGAUACUGGGUGGGGAUGGUGCUAUCAUCCGCGCUGUGGACGGCUUAACCUUUGGCACGCGCAACGCUCUGCUCGCCUAUCGCGGGGGUGUCACUAAGGGUAUCACGGCACCCGCCCAUAGAGGCUUCUAUGCCGGUCUAGGCACAUCCUUCUUCACGGGAGCCAUGAACAGACUGGAGCCCGGCGCUAUCCUUCAGGAAGUCACCGCGGUGCAUAUUACCGUGAGGCCUUAUUCUGCGGCGGUUCCGAGCAUUAGCACGCAGAUAGCUACACUGCGGAGGAUGCUGCUUCACCCUGUUGACGGCGAUGCGGGAGAAUGGUUCAGAGGCGUCGGCAAGGGUCGCGUGACACUGGUGGUUGAGACGGACAGCGCAGACAUCAUAGCUACACUCAUUACACUCAAGAAAGAGGUGGAGAAGGCAUACGACAGUACCGUGAAGAUGACCAUCGCUGGUGCCCUGGAAGCUCACUUGCUCGCCAAGGAGAUUGCAGAGGCUGGUGUUGGGAUCAUCCAAGUUCCCUCCCAGCCAUUCCCUGCGGCCUGGGAGAUGCGGCGAAUCUUGCCUGGCCUUCCCCUCACUGAGCAGAGCUCCAUCGCUGUCUUGCUUGCGCACAAUGUCACAGUAGGCGUAGGUUCAGUACAGCCGUACGAUGUGCGCAACCUGCCGUUUGAAGUUGCAUGGGUCGCUCUGGAUGCUGGAGGGGAGAUCUCAAAGGAGGAUGCUAUCGCCCUUGGCUCGACUAACGUCGAAGUCCUCCUAGGCGGGGACAUCGAGGCAGACGGACUCCAUGAUAUGGUCGUCACGGAAGGUGGAGAUAUUCUUGACAUGCAGAGCAAGGUCGUCGCGGUCAUCUCACCGACACGCCAGCUUGUAGAUAUGUUGUGA